AUGCUCAGCGCCAUAUAUAGAGGCCCCAGAACGCGAAGGAUCAAGAAACGGGAUAAAAAGGAUGAGAAGCGACCGAGAACCGCGUUCACGUCCGAUCAGCUGGCCAGACUCAAGAAGGAAUUCCAGGAAAACAGAUACCUGACGGAGAAGAGGCGACAGGACCUGGCACGCGAUCUCGGGCUGAACGAGAGUCAAAUCAAGAUCUGGUUCCAAAAUAAACGCGCCAAAAUAAAAAAGUCCGCAGGCCAGAAGAACCCGCUGGCGUUGCAGCUGAUGGCGCAAGGGCUGUACAACCACUCGACCAUCCCCAUCCGGGAGGAGGACGACGAGAAGAUCCUGCCGCCCGUAUGAUCCUCGGUCUACGGGUCGUCCCUUCCCUACCAGAGCCGCUGAGACGAGGACGAGGAGGACGAGGGUCUUCCGAGACGACGGCAGGAGCGAUGGAGGACGCGCUGGAAAGGAGGGCGGAGUGAACGAGGAG